AUGAACACAUUUGAGCGGCGCGAUUUUGAUAGUAUUCGACCUGUACUGGCUUCAGGAGCAUUUUUUGUAUUUAUUUUCACAUUUCAGUUUUACAGGUGAGUCUAUCGGUCUGUAACUGGAUUGAUCUUUGAUUCUACAUUUUUUAUCUGCGCAAUCAAAUAGCUUAAUUAAAUAAGUCUUAAUGUAUGGGAUUAUACGGAAAUAUUGCCAAGAAAAUUUUCUAUAUAGUAGCUCUUCACUCAUCAUGAACUGAAAAUUGAAAUUAAUGAAAUGUCCAUAUUUAUACCGCGCGCACCGGUACAUACCAUGCAUAUAAGCUUAAAGUAAAAUAUAAAUUGACGGUACAAUCCACGAAGAUAUUUGUCUUUUAAACUUAAGUUGGACCAAGCAUUUAUUUCCAGUUUGAAGCUGACAGAUUGACAAAUGAUGAGCACCAUCGACUUAUCGACUAGCUUUCUGAUGAUCAAUUUCGAUCGACACGUAAGGUCCUGUGUUAGUCUGCACCGAGCGCUGUGACUUUAUGACCUCUUGCAGUCAUACUUAGUUCAAGGCAGGAUGGGAAGGUAGCACGGGGGGAUAUCAUGCUCAAUCCAAGUUUGGAUGGGCUGAGAAAGUAUGGGCUGUUAAGUCACAAACAAGCUUAAAUGGAAGGAAUGAUCGUUUCCUAUAGUUAUAGUCUGGGUUAGAAUGGGAGAGGACUUUUGGAGUAAUCACAAUUUAUCCAAGUUUGGAUGCAUGAAGGAUUUCAUUCAAGUUUUGAUGGAAGGGGUGGGUUAGCAAAUGUUUAUGUGGUUUCUAAUAUACUGAAUAAAAUGUUGAUAGUUUUUCUGUUAAAAUUACUGAAAUUUAGUUCAUAUUACAAAGAUUUUUGUUUUACUUUAUGUCAAUAACUUUCUCAAAUGUUUACAUGAGUGAAGGACAGCUGUCUUGUACAGCCCCAGCUUGAGUGGAGGGGCGGGAAGGAAGGGCAUGGGGGAGGUAAGGGUCAUCUUCUGAAGUUCAAUCUGAGUGCAACUGAGUUCAGUUCAGCUGAGUUCAGUUCAGUUCAGUUGUGAUAGCAGACACUAGUCUAUCUACUCUAGCUAAGUGUUCCUUUAAUUUAGACAUACUUAAUUAGAUUGAAAGACAUGGUCGAUAGCUGAACUUAUAUUAAACUGAUCCAUAUGUUAAACACUUGUUAUUUUCUUUUCUCUUAGUUGUCCCACCUUACUCAUUGGAAUAUGGGUUGUUGCCUUUGGUGUUGCAGUAGGAUUUGUUGUAUUUAGGUAAGUUACAUGAAGAAGACUAAGUUUUAUGUAGUCAACUGUCAUGUCUAUUUACCUUGAUCCUCAGAUUAUCUAUUUAUUUAAUGUACAUAUGUGUAAGAAUACUUUUAAGGAUUAAAAGUUAGGUCAUUGUGAAAAUGGAAUAGUUUUGGGUUACCGGGUAAUUAUUGACAAUUGUUUUUAGCAAUGUAUAUAAUUAAAUUACUACAUGGAAGUUGGUUCUUACUUCUUUGCUUCAGUGUCUUUCUGGGUAUUUUUUGUGCUACAGUGUGGGAACGUGCAAGACAUGAAAUUUAUACAUACACAUAGCAGGUAUUAUUAACCCAAAAAGACUUCUUUCAUAAUGGAGGACUAUUAAUAUAAUCUUUUAUAUGAGACCAGAAAGGCUCAUUUAUGUUCAUUUCAAAGAAAAAAUAAAUGGGCCACCACUAUGAAAGAGGUCUAUGAUCUGGGCCAGCAUUAUUUUUAUGACUGGGUUGUUUAGCCAAGCAAAUUUGUUUUCUUUAUUUAGCUGUUGUUCAGUUCUGCCAUCUUUUCUAUUACACUGGGGCCCUCGAAAAAGAGUAAGUAAACCAAACAAGUCUUCAAAAUUAAUUUAAAUUCUGCAUGGUGUUUUUUUUUUCUUCUUCUUCUUCGUCUUCUCAUCCUGCUGUUCCUCCUUCUCAAAUGAGUGUUUCUCUGGUUCAGAAAUGUAUUUUGCAGAGAAGUUUUCUUGGUGGAUCCGAGUCAAAGAAAAAUAAAAAAAAUAAGCUGCUUUAAGCAAAUUUCUUCAAACCAAGAAAAUUUGAAAGGAUGCAACAAAUAUUCUAGAUUUUUAUUCAUUUCUUACUAGAAUUAUGAGGAUCUUGAUCAGCAACAAAGAGUUGUUUCAGGGACAUGUACUAUUUGUGGAAACCGUAAAUGUCAACGUCAUAGGUGAGAAAUCUAUUUCUUGAUAAUUAUGUUACAUUAUGUUUUGUAUCUUUUUUCCAUGUAAAACAAUCCACAACAGGGGCAACAGGGUGAAACAAAUCCAUAUUAUAAGAGGUGAAUCAAACACAAUUCCUCUGUAUUACAAACGUGACUUUUGUUUGUUCACGUAUUUAAACCCUAUCAUGCAGUAUAUGCAACAACUUUUGAUAAUUCAUUGUGUGGUUAAUAAUAAAGCCUGGUACCUCAUUGUUGUAGAACGAUGAUAAUAAAAAAUAAAAUAUGAAAACCAAUCUAAGAACGGAGUAAAGAUGAUGUAUUGCAUUUCUUUGCACAAACGUAAUUAUAAAUAAUCACAUGCUACUGACAGCAUGACACAGUAGAAGGAGAAUUAAUUCAACUGAGUACUAUAUGUUGUCCAGUAGUUAUUGUUAUUAAAAAUUGUACUCAAUGUCUUUCUUUUUAUGGGCAGUAAAGGCCCACCCACAGCUAAUUUUAGAAAAUUGUCAGCACAAUCUAAAGAUUAGUUUGUUAAUUAAUCACUAAUCUGUAGGUUGCGCAUCAAGUUAAAUGCAUGAUUUCCAAGAGAAAUAUCACAAAGAGACUGUGUUCAGUGCAACAGCUAUGUGUUUGUUGUUAUUUUUUAUAUCAGUGUAUUAUGAAUCAAUCAGUAGAUUUAGUUUUGUGAAUUAUCCAGAGUAAGGAAAGUGUUAUCAGCUAGCGCCACUUCUGCUUGGCUGAAAACACUUACCUCGACCUUCAUCAUGUUCCUGGAUCACAAAAACCUUAUCCAAUAAUAAUUAUUGUAAUAAAUUGUUUAUAAAAGGAAAAGAAUAAUUUUGAGCACUCAAGCUGAGUAAGAUGAACUUUUUCUUUAUUUUUCCCACAAUAAGACCAGAAAUUUCAAGGGCAAAGCUCAAGGUAAGUUUUGUAAACAGAAAUUAUUUCAGUUCCAGUGUAUUCCUUUAAUAUUAAGCAAUCCUGUUACCAUGGAGCUACGUUAAUAUUGUUGAAUUGCUGUUCAGUCAAUGCAGUGAAACCAGCAUUCUUGAACAGCCUUUUUAUGUAAGAGAAAGGAAAGCAAGUACUAAAUGAGCAUCCUAAAAAUGUAAUAGGGAUCGGCUUACUCUAGCUAUGGUCAUUCCACCACCCAGGACCUACCCUAUAAAGAAUCAAAAUUAUUUUUCACCACACUAUAAGGAACACUCUACAGUGUACUUCAUUGAGGGGUGCGAUGUAAAUUGUAGUGUGACCCAAAUAUUUUUAAGACAAGCAUUUGAAUCAGCCUUUGAAAGUCAAACGUCAAAGCGAUUUUUGCAAAUUACUUUAACUUAAUAUACAUGUAUUUUGCCUAUAUUCCAUUUGCACAAGCUUAUUUCCAGCUACAUUUUUAAUGUUCCUUUUCAACAAUAUUACCAUACUCUACAUUUCUUAUCCUAGCCAUGGGAGGAUCUCCUCAUCCCAGAAUCAGUGGACAGUGCCUUGCAAGAGGUCUGAUUUUACUCAAUUUAUAUUAUUUAAAUUAAAUGUUUAGUGAUACUUUUAAAAGUAUUUGUAUAAGUAAUUUUUAGACUUGAGAGUAAGUUGGCAUUGACAGUGCUAUCCAUGAAUGACAUGACUACGGCCUAACGAUUUUUCUUAUUUUACUUUUUUUCAGUUUCUUAGUCUUCUUCUUCAGAACUAUAUCUACAAUUGGUACAGGUUAGUCAGUUAUAAAAACAGGAAAAAAACACACAAUAUAAAAUUUUGGUGACAUAACAUAACUAUAAACUAUAGUUAUAGUGACAAAACUCUGGCUUUGGGAGACAAAACUUCACUUGAUAUGACUUUGUUACCUUUAUUAAUUGCCUUUUCUUACAAACACUGUCUACCACUGUUUAGGGAAUUAAGCUGUAGUGAAACUUGUAUUGAUGAAAUCCGCACAAGCAUCAGAUAUAUGGCAGCUGUGCUUAUAAAAAGGAUACGUAAGGUAAAGCAGCUUUUCAUUUUGAGAUGAAAUAAUCAAAUAGUGUAUGUCAAGGUAUCAAGUGACUUCGAGAUCAAUUUGGAAUUUUUUUAUUUGCCCGAGAUUGUUUUUCAAAAAGUAUCAAAAUUGUAAUUUGAGCUUUUUGAAAAAACAUACAAGUGCUAAUGAAUUCCAAAUUGAAGGAGAAAAGUUGUGAUUAACCCUUCAGAAUAUAUACAUGAAAACAUUUACCUGUCAAAAUUACAGGGUAUUGGAACCUGUUUAUAGUGGUCACCAUUGAGAACCCAGAAAUCCUUGUUUUUGUGCUGUUUAUAGUAAAACCUGCAUUGCUCACAGCCAAUCAGAUUCAAUAAUUUUUUUUUUCUGGUAUAUUAUUAGCAUAGAAAAGGUGAAUACCAACAGGACCUGUGUUUUGAAUAUAUUAUUAAACUAUGACUUUGCAUUUAACAUAGGGCAAUCAAACUUGAUUUAAAUUGGGAACUUCUUGUGCAUGUUUUAUAGAAUGACUUAUAUCCAAAAUUAGUACAGGUCAUUGUAGUGCUUUUGACUUAAUUAUGUAUUAUCUAUAAAAAUUGUAUUAGAAUGAUUCAUUCACUCUUGUAGCUGUACGACUGUGAAGUAGGUUAUGGCUCCAGUUUAAUAUGAAUACAUGAAUGUGAAUCCCUUUUAUCAGAUAUUGAAAUUGAACUGCCAGUGUAAUGGAUGCAUGCUGAUACAGGGGAAAAUGUUCUUUAUUUAUGGUGUUGCUUACUUUGCAGAUCGACAUUCCAACUCUAGUCACAGAAAACUUGGGGAAAGAAGGAUUAAAGCAUUUAGAGAUGUACCUUAGAGCCAAGGAAAAAGGUUACUUAAACUACCAUCAUGAGUGUUGAUUUAAAGUGAUAUAUAUAUUUAUAUUCACUUUCUUUAUUUUUUAUGUUUAUUUGCCUAACAUUCCGGAAAUCGAUUUGACUGCAUGUACAAUUCAUGCAAUUUUAGGGAACUAAUGUUACAUGAAGUAAUGUUCACUUGAUAACAGUCAGUGAGAAGGCAAGACUUUUAGACCUCCCUAGUCUGCGUAGCAAGCGUUUUCGUUUGGUUUUGGAGCAAAGAAAGACCGAGGAACGGGAUUCUCGGUUUUGGCCGAGCGAGAAAUGAAAGUACAAGAGCCAAGCGUGGUCUUUGACUCUCGUUCCUCGUUCUUUGCUCCUAAACCACACGGAAACGCUUGCUACGCAGGCUAGCUAAGACCUCCCUAGUAACAGUUUCAUCAGAGUGUGGCGCAGGAAAUAAAUUCGAAGCAAAUGAGCGGUAAUAAGCCUCUUGAGAGGUGGCAAGGAUGAAGGAUAACGUAUUGGAGGCUUUUUUAGUGCCAAUGUAUCAGGCACAAACGUACGUAUUAUUAUUGUUGAGGACAUUAGUAGUCUGAUCGUGAAUGAUGUGACUCAAAAGAUUGAAAAUUUAACAUUCAAAAAGUAAUCUGUAGUGAUCAACUUACCUUAAUUCUUUUCCCUCGUACAGUAACAUUGUCACGUUCCACUAGUCUACAGACAGCUAUUCUAGAACAAUUUAAUCCCAGAAUGCACUGUGCACUGCAAAGCCGACCAAUGGAACUUCAGUAUCUGAGAAAACUAUCAGAGAGCAUUCUCCCCUUUCUGUUACCUCCAAAUGCCUUGCGAUGCAGGUACGUUAUAAGAAAGCAGUCUUGCUAUGAGCCAUCCCUACAUCCUAAUACGUGUCCAUCUUAAGCGACGGUAAAACGAGCAACAAAACGUGCAAAGGUUUCUACCCACCUACCCCUCCCCUAAGUCAUCAUUAAUACUUACUUCUCACUUAGGGCAAAAGUACGACCUAGGAGAGGGGCAUGUGGUCAGUUACCCAGAAACUUCAAUUGAUCCUUAAGGGAUAUCCAACUUGUUUUGGAAUAUUGCUACAAAAGGAGUUGAAUACUCAUAUUUUGCGCCCGGCGUUUUCUCGGCCGGCAUCCACGAGUCAAGCCUGUCUUGCAACAGAUCAAGUUGUUACAGGUUGUAAAACGCUGUUGCAAAAAGUAAAACUACUCUCUACUUUCUGAAACAACUUUUCACAGCCUCCAACAACCUAAGUUGUUGAUUCGUAAGUGGUAAUUGAACUAAGACGCGCAAAAUUGCUUUUCAUCUCGUUUCGCAGCAAUGUCGCAAAACAAUAACUGGCGCAAGUUUGGUUGAUUUUUUUGUUGGUUCUUAUCCUUGCUCUGGGAGGUAUUUUCUAUAAAAAUUUCGUUUCUUCUUUCCUCGAAAUCGAUCUUUAAGUUUUAAUUUGAACGGACAAGGGAGAACACUUGUAUUUUAGGUUUAAAGUUUCAUUUUUGCGUUUUAAAUGUAUGCUUCAUGACCGAUUAUAUUUGUUUUGAAACACGGCGCAGUAAGAACGCGUUUUCAGUCUUCAAACACCGAAAACAUUUUUUACCAAAAUAACAACAAGUACAUCAACAGCAUAAGGUAAAGUUUCUUGAACCUUUAACAGUGAAAAUGGUAACCUUAAGCUCUGAACUGCUGUUCCUGGUUUUGUGAAUUUUUCUGUUGUUGGACCGUGGUUAUCUGUGUAGAAAUUGAGGCGACUGUUGCAUUCUAUUUCAGGAGCCUUGUAUCUUUGCUACGAGAGUUAUUAGCCAGUGCAGUCUUUUUAUCAGCAGCUGACAAACUUUCUGACCCUGUAAGUUGAAAAAAAGAGAAAAGAGUACGGAAUUUAGUGGCUUUAACCCUUCAAGUUCCCAGGGUGUUCAACAUAUAUAAUCAAGGGAAAGGCCGCUAUGACGAUAAGUUAUGUUAUCACCUAAAGGCUCGUUUUCACCAGCGAUGGAGUCGAAGUCGUGCUUAGAAGCGUAGAACUUUACGAUCUAGUGAAAACAACGUUGUGUUCCUUCUGAUUCCGCUUACUACUCCGUCGUUUACGAUCAAGUAAAAACUGGGUCGUCGGAGUCGCAAGCACAAGCGGAAGAACCAAACCAAUCACAAAGCGUGGGAACGUGCAUUAUGAUUGGUUUAUCUUUCCCCUUUUGCUUCCGAGUCCGACAAUCUGGUUUUCACUAGAUCGUAAGCGACGAAGUCAUAAACGGAGUCUGACGAAAAUGGAAACGUUCUGAUUCUUCCGACUGCGAUUCCGUCGCGCUUAUGACUCUGCUUACGACUGCAAUUUUUGAUUUUCACUGAAUCAUAAGCGUGAAAACCAGCGUUUACGUAGCAUGCGUCAUGCUAGAAGUAUACUGAUGUAUUACAUCAGCGAAGCCGAAAACCUCUGUUUAAGUCCGUCCACACGUAAAUGAGAAGCUGGCGUUUUCAAAAAUCUCCACUCUGGAGAAAAAAAAUGCCUUUUUCGGUGACCGUUUUCACGGGAUACGUGUGGACGCCAUGUAGGCCAAACCGAGGAAAAAUAUUCGUUUUCAAACAAAAACGGAUACAUGUGGAGGGGGGCCUAAAACUCAAUUGUAAACACCAAUGAAAUACCAAGUGAACUUUUGCGCGAAAACAUGAUACCUUUACAUGUGAAAAGAUCUGCGUUGCUAUGGCUACACAAUAAAACGAUGCAUGACUUUGAAGAAGUUUAUUUCUUCGUUUUAAUAAUUUAAUCUGACUUCUCAUUUCUUGAAAGGAUUUUGUUAACAACUUCCUCCUGAUAUUGUUGGACAAAGAACCAGUAAGUGGCCUGUUUUAGCGUUUCUUCGGUGCAUGUUAUUUUAAGUUAACAUAAUGUCGUCAGCUUUUUUUGCUACAGGAAAUAUUUCAUUCACUCGUUGACGGCUCUAACUCGUUCAAACAUCGCGCGGCAACGAAAAACAGUAGCCGCGUCAUGAGCUUAUUAAACCGUGGAGCCAUCUACAUACACUCCCACAGUAUUAUGUCACAGUCGGUCGAACAUGACUAAGACAUAUCAUUGUUUGCUGUUUUUGCCUGGCUCUUUGUUUUUCCGUUUAGACUGUUACUAAUAGGAUUACGGAGAAACGGCGAAAAAGUCUAACGUGCUUUACGUUAAAGCAUGUCCUUUAUUUAGAAAUUAAGGAGUAACAUCUGAAUCCAACAUCAGUUCUGACGUUUUUGCCCCCAGAUGGUGGCUUCUGAUGAGCCACCGGGUCCUAAAGUUCCUCUACUAGCGAAGUUUGCCAAACCGCGAGUUCCACUUACAAACUCGGUAAGUUAAUCACUCCCUUAAUUACUCUCCACAAGAGUUACAUGAGAGUUAAAGCCUGUGCGCUGUAUAGCUGUUACUGACGUCCGACGUAAAGUUUUAUGAAGUUGGCUCAAACUCUUCAUUUGUCAACAGCCUACGUUACAGUGUAUGCUUAUGUUCUUCUCGUUGUUUUAAUUUGCAGGCUCUUCAUUUGUCAAUAGCAGACAUUCUUCAAGCACAAUCCGCCUUAUUUCCUUUCAUGCAGUUUAUGAAAAGUGAAGGAGCAUUGAACAUACUUCAAUUUUGCCUUACCGUUGGUAUGAUAAAAAAAAUGUUCAAUGGAAGAAUCUCAUCCCAGUUGCAAAAAGAAGGCCUAAAAAAUUCAGGCUUGAAUAGGAUUCAAACUCUUGACCUCUGCAAUACCAGUGCAGCGCUCUACCAGUUGAGCUAACAGGCCAACUGGGAACCUGAAUUUUUAAUGUGAGGCUUUCAUUUCGUAUCUCCAAUAGUUGCGUCUGUAUACUGCGAUGAUCUUCUUUCAUUUAAUACCGAGACACACACAGACACUGUGAUCAAAGAUUUCAAAAUGACAUAGAGAAUAUACACUUCUUCGUUCAUUCUACUUUGUUCACGAUAAUGUCCUUUCAAUAAAGGCAUGGUAGACUUACCCUGAGAUCAGACUGUAUUUUUGUCUCACUUGGUAAAUAAAACUCCGGUGGAAAGGGCGAAACGAAAUCUGGCCUCAGCAGCUUAAACGUUUAAGACUAGUUAUUUCAGGCCCAAUUUUGGCACGACUACGCAAGACUGAUGGGAGAAGGCAUGAAAGCUGCUAAUAUAAAAUUGGGCGUGAUCUCAGGUUAGAUAGACUUAAGUAAAUUUGUGUUUAUAAGACCAGUGAUUAGCUCUUUUCGCGCUCUUGAAUAUCAUCUGCUACUCACCUCUACUUCGGUGCUAUAUUUGUUAUUCCAGAGGACUUCAAUAAGAGAAUUUUCACCCCAGAAAUAACAAAAGAAGAAGAGGUUUUGCUCAUUAAAGAGGUAAAGUAGACUUUGCAUUAUAUUUUAAUACAGAAAUGACAAGAAAGACUUGUUGUAGUGCACUAUUUCGUUUAUCUGAUCUUCUAAUAUAUUUUGUCACUACAUGUGCACGCCCAUCCUGUAAUUGAUGACUGAGAUGAUAUAUCUCCAAAAAAUCAUAAAAGCUUUAGAUUUAGGGUUCAUAUCUUGUGAUGUUAGUUUUUAUUUUUAGUCACUCCUUACAAUCAAGCCUUGUGAUCUCUCAGAGGAUUAGAAGACGUUCGCGUUUGUUCACUCUUCUCCUCUUUUUUUCGAUUAUUCGCCGCGUUUUUGUCAUGUUGGUUUUAGGACAGUCGCGCAGAGUUUUGUAAACUUGUGCUGCCAACAUCUUCACUUCAUAUAUUUUUUUAGUAUUUUACUUCCAAUGAGGUACAAAAUAGCUGAGACAUUUUCAUUACAGUAUUUCAAUUAAAUUGGGCGACUAAUGUAGCUUCACUUUUCUUCAACAGGUCAAAGAAAUCUUCCGUUCCUACUUUGACACCGCUGCAGUUGAUAGAAUAAACUUUGACGCAGAAAUUGUGAAAGAACUAAAAUCAUGUAAGCCUUUAAGCCUUCAAGCAAGCUCUCGGCUCGGGAAGAAAUACAUCGAGGUGCAGGAGAGUUUGCUUGCAACCUGAACUGGAAUGAUUUCUCUGGAUAUAAUUCUCAGUGGGCCCCAAGCCAGUUGUAUCGGAUGUAACUGGCCUGAGAUAUGAAAGAAAAAAAAACGAUUUAUUGUUGUGAGAGGAGCAGAAAUUAGACCUCUUUAUAUGUCUAUAUUAAUUCGGCCAUUUUUCUUAAUCGGAGAAGGAAAUGCUCUGCCUUAGGGUUGAUUUCCACUGUCGCGUUUUUUUUUACUUGUGUACGCACGUAAAAAUUACGGAACAGUGCAAAUCAACCCUUAGUUACAAUUUGCCGAGAUAUCAUGAGUUUAAUGCAUCGCUACUUAUUUUCUCAGGCUAAACUGAUCAGGACGAUCAGUGGCCUUUGCUUGAUUCUCUUUCCCGCAUGUUUGACUUUUUUGUUUUCUACUUUUAGUGGUAAAGUAAGCAGAAUUGAUGUCCCUGUGAUGAUGAAUUUCUGUAAAACCGACAUCGCUAUGAUAACCAUCUUCUAAAAUUCUUUCUGUUAAUUGUAGGUAUUAGCGGCAAUGUUGAUACGAUGGAACGAUUAAAAAUGGCAACGUUAUUAUCCAGGUAGGUUUGUUUAAAAACACAAAAAGAAAAAAACUGUGACUUAAGUAACCCGCGUAUCGUUGAUCUACCACCAUAAAGACGCUAGAGGUCCGGGACGCUACAGUUCAGUUUUGAUUAAGUUAUGUUUUGAAAAUCUUCUUCAACGUAUACCUGAUCUUGAAUGAAAGGCCCCGCGCCAAAUUCUUACACCAUAUGAGCCUCUAUAAAAAUGGCAUCUUCGUCGAUUUUUUUGAUAGGCCAUUACCGAGUUCCAAAAACUCUCACUUUUAAAACGAGGCUAAGUGCAAAACCUUUCUUGUGAAAAUGAGUUUUAUUUACAUGAAAAUAAAAACUCAUUUUCAUAUCAUUGUCUUAUCGCACUUAACCUCGCCUUGAAAGAUGAAGUUAGCCAGGUCACUACUGCAAAAUCACUUGGAGUGACCAUCGAUGACAGACUUGAUUGGAGUGGCCAUAUCGAGAAAGUAACAAAGAAAGUCGCUUCUGGUAUUGGGGCCAUAAAACGAAUAAGGCACCUUGUCCCUCAGGCGACCUUACAACUAAUAUAUCAAGCUUUAAUACAGCCACACUUUGAUUAUUGCAACAUUGUUUGGGGAAACUGUGGGAUAACCUUACGGAAUAAGGUUCAAAAGCUACAAAACAGAGCAGCCCGUGUUUUGACCUACUCAAGCUAUGACGUAGAUGCUGGUCACCUUUUCAAACUUCUAGGGUGGAAAAACCUAGCUUGCCAGCAACAAUUUCAAAGAGCUACGAUGGUUUACAGGUCUCUGCACGGGUUGGCUCCAAACUAUCUUAGUUCUAAAUUUGAAAGGCGAGAAGUCGCAUAUAACCUAAGGGACUCUGAAAAUAAACUCAAUAUUCCAUUACCGCGCACAAACUAUUACAAAAACAGCUUCAGCUAUAGUGGCGCCAUUCUCUGGAACAGUCUUCCUUGUAACUUAAGGGAAGCAGAGUCCCUUGGGCAAUUUAAACGAUUACUCAAAGAACUGUAAGGCACGGCAUUCGUGGAAAGCAGCUUUUUUAUUUAAAUAUUUUUAUUAUAUUAGUAUUAGGCAUUUUUAAAGCUGACGAAUUUUGUACCGUGGAUAAAUAAAUAAAAUUAUCUAUCUUAGGCAACUCAGAAAUGGUCUAUUUUUGCGUACGUUGUGCAUUCUUAAGAAUGAGCGUCAGACAGUUAAUUUGCUGUCUUAAGCGAUCUUGAAAAUUGACGGCGGUUUUCUGUUUGCUCAAUAAUGCAUUUGCAUUGUUAAGACCAUUUUAAAUGAAAACUUUCACAACUUAACUGUAACUUAUCUACUAAUUGAAAUUUGACUUUCUUACUGAUUUUUCAGAGCCUAUGAAUAUGCAUAUAAUCUUCUGGAGACAACGUUUCUUCCUCUAUUUUACCAAAGCGAUGAUGUAAGUACCAUCAACAGCCUCGUUGUACUUAAACGCAGCAAAACGCAUGCGAUCAAGCCCCUCUGAAUUUUUUACUCUGUUAUUGGGUGAGAGAGUGGCAGGAUAUUUUUAGGCCACUCAUAAAGAAUCCAAGAGAUCGUUGAUCAUUUUCGAAAAUUACUCCAACACUACUUUGACUCAUCAACAAUUCCUCCUUACUCUCCCUGAUGGGGUAAAGUAGGUACUGAAACAUGCGUACACACGUACAGCACAGUUACGUCACACACUUCUCAGCCCCAGCUAUGCGAUUGAGACUCAGGCUUCUCUCGACAAGCUUGACGGUUGACGUCACAUCCGAUCUCGCCGAGGACGACUGAAGGCUUUUGUGCCUGUACAUUUGGUAACCGUUGGCCAAAAGAAGACGGAUUAUGCUCUUAAUAUUUCUUCUAAUUUGAAGGUAUCUGCAUUUACUGUAGUCCCCAUAAAUAAUGGUUUACUUUUUCUCUACAGUAUUUUUCUUUGUUGUGUGGAAGCCGAUUGCCAGCCAAACCUUUAUCUAAACCAGCUUCCAGGUAAUGGGCCUCAAAUGCCAUCAUGCUUGUGAGAUGUUAUUAAACGGUAAAAAUUGUAUAAAGGAUCUCGUGAGCUAAAGGGAAGCCGUUUUCUCAAUCUUGAAGCCCCCUAAGCGAGUACUGUAACCGCCCGUCCCUCACUCCUUCCCCUCAGGACGGAUACAACGUUAGUUGCUAGGAGUAAUUUCCGUCUCUGUUUCUCUUGUAUAAAACCAUGAAUUGAAAAAAUGCUAUGCGAGUCUCUUAUAAAAGGAAUAUGCGUUUGUCGUUAACAUGAAGCCAUGUUUUGUACUCCUAAACUACUAUAUACUGUAAAAAACUAUUACAGCUUCGUGGUCUCAUACAGGUCAUUACUAUUGCCUUUUCGCAGAGUUUCGAAGAAAAAGUUUGAUCCCCUAGCGGAGUUUUCACGACUGGCAGGAAAACUCAAAGAUAAAAUGAUGAAUCCAACAAAAGGUAAUCACAGCUCGGUGGCCUUGAUUGGUUUAUAACAUAUCAACGGACACGGCGGGUUUCAUACUGAACCAAACAUUGCUUUUACAUUGUUCUUGUAGCAGGUUUGGGUCGUGGCGGUCAGUCCAUUUAUCCCAUCUAACUAUGUGAAGUACUUAAAUCAACAGAAAAGGCUUGACAAUAUAGCGGAAGUGAUUUUCCUUAUUCUCUUUUUCUGAAUAUUCCGAACGUUCCUUUUAUUGUUUUUGUAAGGUGUUUGUCUUUGAGCUCGUAAUCCUGGUGAAGGUGUAGUUUUGAGCAAGAGGGCAUUAGGUAUUUCCUGAGUGUAGCCUGAAUCUUAAACUACCAAACCCUUCGUCUGAAUUGAAAAGAGUAGAAAAACGAUCGGUGGAAGGGGUGAGAAUCAGACUUUGUUUCGUCCCUGAUCCCAUGCUGACAGAUCGCGCCUCAUCGCAGGCUACGGGUGAUUAUUUCUUUGGCCUUAUUUUACAACUUUUACUCUUAAAGAGAUUUUUUUCAGGAUUCGUGGCAAAUGAAUCUAAAAUUCGGCAUUGUAUGAAUCCAAUACGCCGGCACGGCGGGCAAAGUCGCGUAGUAGAACGCGGAAAGUGACAAAUCAUGGGUUAGUGAAUUGCCAUUGCGUUGCUUUCUUUCAUUAAAUCCUUCGUUCCAACUUUCAGCUACAGCUAACUGUAAAAUGUCUUCUAAAUCUCUAGUUCACUACCAUCUGUAAACAUGUGUCCCUUAAUUUUUUUUUCAAUAGAUGAUUCACCAUACGAGGAAGACGCAUUUGAUAUCCCAGACACACCACCGGUAAAUAUUACUCCUUACUACAUUAGUCUCUUCUCAGUAGCUCGGGGAUCAAAGCUAAUUUACACCGACAGAAUAUUCGCUGGUGGUCACCCGGCCAGUCUCUUCACCCAGCCCUAUUCCCCCAGAAAUUCACACAGUUUUGCCAUGUGUGAUCAGACAAUACAGCAGUCGAUCGCUACUACAGAAGAACGCUGAGGGAAUAGUUUUCUCCUCUAAUAAUGACAAGAGUGCUUUAAAUCGAACCCACCAACCAAUCACUAACAACCACGGUGGUUCAAAUAGUCUCACUCAACAAAUCGACACUGUCCCCUGGUGAAGACCUGUAGUACGCAGUCGAAACGUCUCGAGCGAUAUAUGUAAGCCAUAAUCGUAAGAAAAACGAUUAAUGAAACCGUAGAAAGUCAUUGCGUGUAGAGACCAAAAGCCCCAGCAUCUCUCGCCACUUUUAAUGAUGUGUCCGUUGGAAAUUUAUGCGCGAAACAAAUCAACCUUGAAACGCUACCAUUUUGUUUCCUUUGAUGGUAGAGAUUACGAUUUUUUUUGUCAGUGCUCCGUCGUCAACGCGUCACGUUUUUCCUCUUUUAGGAUUUUUAUUUGGAAAGCGAAGAAGAGAUGGAAUUGGAGGAAAAAGAAGCACGCGAUCUUAGCAUGUGGAAGAUAACUAUUCCCCACGUGAUUAUGGAGACGAAACAGGUUUGUUGUGGUUAUGCAACUAUUUAUACUCAGAGAAAGUUGAAAUUUACGGCAGUUUUGAAUUGAUUACGGAGAAUUAUUUCGCGAUUGGUUUGAGCGAAAGGUACGGUGCUAUAAAACGGGCAACAACAAAGAAAUGUUCAACUUUGCGCUUUUUAACACCCGCGAAAAAAAUCCUUGCAACGCUAUUUGUUGCAAGACAGGUUCGAACGUGGGCGGUUAAACCCGCAACAUCGCUAUUUCAACUCGUUUUGCAACAAUGUUAGAAACCAGUUGCACAUUUUUGUUGCCCGUUUGUGCAUCAACCGGUCUACCUCGGUCUCUCCCGGUCUCCACUUUUGAAAUCUUUGGAAAACAUACGAAAUGUUGAGAAGACCUCCGAUUUACACUGUUAAUCACCUAUUACUUUUUAUUAUAGCUGUUAUAAAGUUUUGGCGAUUCGCCGAAUACUGAUAAGGAUUAAAAAGACUCUAACUUGUAGAGUUCCCCUUGAGUUCUGGCUACAGAAUUUGUUUCAUUUGCUUUACAGAAAGGCAUCUUCAUAAUAUCAGUUGAAAGACGGGAUAUAACCGAAGGUGAAUAUUUUACUCCACAGUGUAGCAUAAAUACAGUUGUAGUAGCUCAGGCCUGAUGUUGACACUAUUAUAUUCACAUCAGAGCGACGUAAAACUCUCGAGAAGACUAAGAGGAAAAGAUAUGCUCUGAUCUUAAGUGUUUUCCGAAAACUGGUAUUGUUGGUUUGUAUGCAGCAAAGCAAUUAGCCUUUACUAUUUAAUGGUGUCUUAUGCUGACAUGUGGUAAAAAGUUUGGAGAUGCGUAGAAACUUGUGCGUUAACAACUGUAAACUAUUGUUUAUUCGUUAAAAAAGUUAUCCACUCUUGAAGGGAGAGAGGAGGGAAUAAGUAGAGGAGGACCCUGGGUACGAAGUUGACGCAGCCGUUCUUUGUGUGGUCACGCAACGCUUCUAGAGAGGAGCGUUGUGUGACAACAUUACGGACGGCGGCGUCAGCGACUACUUUUUAAAACUGUUUUCAAAUAAUUCCCCUCACUGUCGUUCACGUUUAGACAGUAACCAUAAUCGGAUAUUCGUUUUCUAACCUGCAUUGUCUGGACAAUUUUUUGGUGUGUAGACUGAAAGACAAAGGUACACAUUUGAUAUAGUUAACGUUUACUCUCUGUGGAUACUUUGACUGGAAUAUUGUUUGUUAUUCACUCGCUUUAAACGUUUGACCUGAAAACAAUACUAAAACUCUUUUUAAGGGUUUGCUAUACUGAUAACAUAUGCAAUCAGUUGCGACCCAGUUGUUCAAAACUUGGAUAGCGCUAUCCUAUACCUGCCAACUUUUUCUGAGAUAUAAGCGUGAGAUUUUUAUCCUGGGAGUGCUGGGAUUUUGAAGACGACAAGAUCAUUUCCGAAGAUUCCCGAAGAAGUCCGAAGUUUUCCGAAGAAGUCCGAAGUCUUCCGAAGACGUCCGAAGUCUGCCGAAGGCGAAGUUAUCGAGAAAACGCUUAUCCACAAAGUCAGAGAUCGCGAGGAAGGUAUUGUCAUUUAUUCAUUUUACACGUGGUUUUCUUUCCUUACAUGGGUCUGAGUUAACAUGUUUUUGGAAAUUGUGUCAAGCAAGACGGCAACAACUCACAUUUUUCAAUCAGGCGUGAGAAAUUGGCCGGCAGGCGUGAGCGGGCGUGAGAUCGAAGUUUUCAACCCGCAGGCGUGAGACACACGCCUAAGGCGUGAGAGUUGGCAGGUAUACUAUCCACUGACCAAAUCACUUGCCAGUGGUUAAGUUUUGAAGAAAACCAAUUUCAUCUUCCACUGGCGGAAUAGACAUUUAUCCAGUACAUAGCGCUCGCCGCCGUUUAAACAACUGAGGCCAGAAGUUUUGACUGUACUUAAUUUUCCUCUCGCUGGUAAAGCUCUAUAAACGUCCCUUGUCAAUUCAUUUUGCGAUUUCUCGCUCCACGUUCCUAUUUACUUGCGUUUUCUUGGUCCAUUCUUGAUCCGGGGCUGAUGCGCGUAACUUUCUCUCCAAGGAACGUGGAUGAUACGUUAGGGGCUUGUCCGACUUUCUGUUCCAUAAUUUCAUCCGAAAACGCAAAUAGUUUUAAUACUCACAUUCUGUGAAUCAUUUCCGAUUUGAUCUCUAUGUUUAAUUCUCCAGUUUCCCAGGGAGUUCAGUCUUCGUUUGAUCUGCUUUGACAGGUUGUUCACUGGUGUUUUUAAUUUCUUUCUCCAUUUCACUUAAGUUCUUCUCCAUUUCCCCGAACUUGUGAGCCAAGCUAGAGGCUUUCCUCUGUACUGUGUCUGUUCGUUCCAUCGAUCUUUGGAGUCGUGAUUCACUCUUGAAUAGACUGGCCUCUAUGACUUCUAGCUGAUUUGUCAGGGUUUGAAAUCUGUCUAGUAGUUCCUCGUAUUCCAUCAUGAUGUAGUAGAUUAUAUCCAAAUGUCCAAACCUCGUAUUUGUUUCGCAUGUGUUGGUCUUGUUGGUCUUGCUCGGCAAACGCCGAUUUAUGUGAAUGUGAAUUUCUUUGAAAUCGAAACGUUUGAUCGGCAGAUAAAAGCCGCAACUUCAAUGUUUUGUUCGGGGAAGAAAUGGCGCGAAAGUUGAAAGGAGUUCGAAACAAGCAAAAGUGCGACUACCAGGGAAGCGGUGAAUUAAAAUCAAAAUUGUCAUCGCUAUAUUUGAUUUUUUAUAAUCCUGUAAAUAAAACUGUCAAAUAUAAAGCCGGGCUCUUCAGUAGAUUUUCAAGUGUUAUUGACAGUUUGAAAAACUUCAAACUUUUUAUCUCGACGCUUCCUGCCUCUUGUUUUUGGUUGAUGCUGAGGGUGAAAAAUCCAGUGUCGGUAGAAACUUUAGACAAAUCCAUCUUUAAACUUUCGUGAAUAAUGCCGGCACAUGAACGCCUUAUUGUGAUUCAGUUGAGGACAGCAAGUUUACUUUUUUCUCCUGUUUCUCUCUGUGGUUUAAGGUCUCCGUUUUUUAAAAGUUUUUCCCCGAAAUCGCUCAUCAUUUAGUUUAACUGACCCACGGAAAAUCGUCUUUAGCAGCGGGAAUUUGCUAUGCCUGCGAAAAGUUCGACUCAUGGUUGUUCCAAAAAUUCAUGUCACGUCUAGAAUACGUCAAGUGUGCCUCUUUUAAUUUGCUUAAAGCGAAGCUGCUGAUCCUUAUAAGUAUUUAGUCAAUACAGAGGGCCAUAAGCCUAUCUAUCGGCAUAAUUGCCGGAUAUGUUGUACCAGAGACUAUACACAGCAAUAAAGCAUUUAUCGAACUAUUAAAAUUAGCCUCCUCAGACAGCCAGUAUUAGAAGAAUAUUGCACGGCUUUGUGUUCGUAAAAUCGAAUUUUUCCCCAAUACGGACCAACGCACUAUCUAAACAACAUCCGUAACGAUUUGUUCAUAUUUUGUUUUUGCAGCUACAAGAUGGGAUCUGGCGAGGUAAGCAGAGUUUCUGCCGCUCUGUUUAUUAAAAUGUCACACGAUUUCACAUCAGACAAAGCCAAAAGCCUGCCAUAGAGAUUUAUCAAACUAGUUCAAGUACUUAUAUCGAGAGUAACAAAAAACAAAUCCAUGUUGAAUAGUUUUGUUUUGCUUUUUUGUGAAAUUAGAAUGUUUGUCGCCAUACUAACGAAUCUCUCAAUAUUUUUGAUAACCAAAUAUCUGUCAACAGUGGGAUCCAUCCUUAUAUAUUGAUAUGGAAAUAAGGGGAUCUUAAGUCUUCAAAUAAUUUUAAUUACAUUUUAAAAUUGUAUUGAUACAAUGUAGACAAAGUGCAACUAUUGAGUAUAGCGUCGUUAAUAUGAGUUGUUUCAAUCAUUGACUGUUAGUUUUGGUUAAAUUAAUUGUGUCGGUUUACUGUGUUCCUCCGUUAACGGCUGGCCUGUAGCUUUUUCUUUCUUUUGUGUUGUUGUUGCAUUUUGUUAUCGCAGGAGACCUAAAGAGUUCUAUGUCCUCCAGAGCAAAUUAAACGAGUUCCAUGGUAGGUCUUUAAUAUAUUGCUUUUGUUUGUUUAUGCCGCAACAGCUACACAAACACAGCAGUCUCAACAAUCAACGUCUACUCACUGCUCUCCAGCAAACUAGCAAAUUAUGUAAUCCGUACCCAAAUACAAACUUUAAGCUGUUUUCUGAGUGAAUCAAACUUCAUUUUGUAAUACUGCUUUCGUUGGCUUCAAUUUAAAUCGAAAAAACAAUAAAGUUUAACAUAAGUUCAAUAUAAGCCACGUUCGUAACAGUCCACAGGCAAACAUAUUCUGGAAAGUCUCCGUGGUAACUUGCCCCUAAUGUAGAAGGGUAUUUGCCUAGAGGACUUUGGGGGAGCAAACAAACGACGAACCAAACAGUCCGACCAACAUUUUUAAAAUAGAGUGAAAACCAAUGCCAAAAUUUUAAACGGCAUUUUGGCGUGUUCGUUAGAAAAAUAAGGAAAUUAAAGGUAGCUAAUUUUAUUAUUUAUAGGUCUUCUUCCAGUGAAAGAAUUAGUUAAUUCAGCCUUUCUAUCAUAAGAUGUAGUGCAAUAAUUUGGUAGUGUCUUUUCAGGAGAGAUCGAUGACUCGCUACUUCCACCCAAGCGUAACACAUCACGAAGUAUUACACAGAAGACCACAGCUGUUUAUUUUGAAGCCUGCCGAGUGCAGUUUGAGAGGUAUUUACAGGUGAGUUUGCAUUCUUCCUUGUGAUGUCCGCGUCGAUCUUAGGCCCGGUUCGGACACCGCUCCACUCAUGUGCCGAACCUAAGUGAUGAAUUAAGUACGGCAAAAGAGCGGCGUCUGAAUCAAUUUGGUACGGCAGUUUUAGUUUGGUGCGGCAGAAACGCCAAGCGGCAGAGUCUGUCGCAUUAUUUGACACUGGAGCGGUCGGUGAUUCGGUAGCAGCUGCUGGGAAGAGAAGUCACCAAUGGUGCCUAACCCUGACCCCAAACAAUACUGAAACAAUUGAAAGAAUGACAUGUCAUUGUUUUCUGCGACCAAUCAGGAGAGAACUUACGAGCAUCUCCUACACAACUGGGUGAUUCUCAAGUGCCGAACCUAUAUAGAUACAGUAAAUUUAUAUUUUUUUCUCACAACACCGCUCGUCAGUUUACGUAUAAGCCCAGGGGCUUAUAACCGGCGGUUUACGGUAUUUUGUGUUCAUUUGUUCUCUGUUUUUAUUGUCAGUAUCUCUGUUCCAAUCCACUGCUGAGAGGAAGCGCUCUGCUGUUCAACUUUCUCUCACCUGAUAAAGAAUUCAGUAACAUGUUUGUUCCUGAAAAAGUUGGCGACAAAGCCGGUAAGAUCGCUUUAACUAUUUUUGUUUUAGUGCUAAAUAGGAUCAGUCAGAAGAAAAGCAUCUGUCGAUUCCUUUUCAUCUUUUCGCGCAGUUGAGGCGAAAUGUGAAAAGAGAGUUAUAUCUUAGAGUGCUUUUAAAAAAUCAUUUACUCCCUGAUAUACCGUGUCCUAAUUUUUCUGAUCUUAACGUUUUUUUUUGCUAUCUGCAAAAAAAAUGAUCCCCCAAAUUGGAAAAAAACGCUCGAACUUUUCCUGCAAAAUUUAUUCCACUGUAGAUACUGGUGUUCUAUACGCAAAUUCGCUAAACAGGACUUAUUAAAAUAGUGUCUUUAAUGUUAUCAAUCCAUUUCAUCGCGGCUCUCUUUAAACUGCAAACGGGAAUACAAAUGUUCCCAGCAAGAAAAAACCUCUCUGUCCUAAUCGCAAAAAUUAGUUCCCGAAAAACACAAAAAAAUCGAAAAUCCACAAAAAUAAAGUCCUGCAAAAUUUUGUCCCACACGAAAUCCUAUUUUUUCUAUUUAUACUCGCACAUGUUCUUCUUAGAUCUGUGACAUUUUCGUGUAUUUUUUGUUUGUUUUAAACCAUUCGAUUCCUCUUGGAUACACAGGCAAAAAAAUUAAAUCCAUGACGACGAUACUCAAGAAAGAGGUGGGUGAAAUAUUGUGUUCCGUUAAUGGCAGUGUUAAUGGAAUUAGAAUAGAAUUACCAGUGAGUUACUGUUUAACCAAAGCUCCCAGGACUCGCGUGUGUUACGUCCCAUGUAGUAAGGGUAUAUCCGAGAAAUUUUGCUUGGAGAGUCCGGAAUCCUGGGGUUGUGGAAUCCGGAAUUCAGCUCUACGAAUAUAGGAUUCUGCUUGAUUAUGGGGAUUUUGAAUUCAAGUUCCACUGAUAAGGAAUCCAUAGUCGAUUAUCUGGAUUCCAGAAUCCAAGUCCGUCUUGGAUAACCUUACUGAUGGGGUGAGAUAUAGUAAAUUCGUUCACUGUACUGUGAUAUAUAUUCGGGACACUGACCAAUUCGUGAUGCAUGGUCAUUGCCUUUUCUCAGUCUUAUAUGUUUUAUACCGUCUUUACUAUACGAAUGCCGAUCUGUGACCGUCUUUCAUAAGCGACACAAUCCAAAACACCAGAAUUUCAAUUCAUACUCACAAUACUGAAAUUGAGAACCGUUCAUGAGCGACCAGCUUGCAAAUCUCAGCAUUUUAACUGGUUGCUUACCGGGAGGCAAUAGUGUAGUUUGUGUGUCACUUAUCACUAUAUUAGGUUAUGUUCACACUAUAUCGGAUGGCUUUUCGUGUCGUUAAGUGGAGGUAUCCCGUAUAGUGUGAACGCCUGUUCGAUAUGUGACUCUCUACUUUAGAGAUCAGCGCGGCGCAGCUUCGCUCUGUUAUAAGGGAGUUUUAGCAAAGACGACGGCGACGGCAACGAGAACGUCAAAAAUGCAACAGGUUUAUUAAGCAAAACAACAACUUUGCACGUGCAUCACGCUUUUUUGUACAUUUCUUUGCCGUUAAUGUACGACUACGACGUGAAAAUGCCAAAUUUCACGUUUUAUGUUUUAACUUGAGUGCUGUCCCCAAGAAAUCAGCUCCAGGGAAAUUUGCCUAGUAGACAUUAGAUAUUUUCAGCGAAUUGGAAUAGACGCGACAAAGUCUGGAAAAAAGCUAAGUCAUUUUCAAAGUGACUUUUUCGCUGCCGUCGCCGUCAUCGAUCCUAAAACUUCCUAUAGACUAUCGCGCUGAAGUCACGUUUUUGUGUGUGAACAGAAACCCUAUUCUGUAUGGUUUUCGUGACAGCGCAAAAACUAUCCGGUAUAGCGUGAACCGAGCCUCAGUGUUCUGAGUUGAAUUUUUAAAAUGAGGAAAGACUGGCCGACCUUUUAAAAAUAGUAUUCAUAUCUGGAAUCUAUUUUAAGAGGGGAAUUUAACUUAUUUUCCAGAAAGGACAGAAUCUUGAUUCUUUUCUACAAGCGUUUUUGUCUUCCACGGUAGAGCCAACAAAACGAAAACCACUGCCCAAGUAAGUUACUGCAUCGAUGGAAUUUUCUCUCAAUUUUACCAUUCUGAUCAAAUCGCAGUUUUUGUAGUAUGACGUUAUGAAUAUACAAUUUCUUUGUUUUCUGCAGAGGCAUUUUAGAACAGUCACAAAGACGAAGCGAGGUAAGGGUUUGGGAUACUAUUAAAAAUCUUUCACGCUGUAGUCGCUAUAGUGCUGUCAUAACAACAAAAACAAACUUUAUUAAUAAACAGGUAAUAUUACAGAAGCAGGACAAUGCUUGCAAAAUAUGAAAUUAAGACUAAGGCUAACUACGAAAAGUUUACAGUUUACAAAUAAAUGAAAUAAAAAUCGUAAUAUGGAUACGAACUAGAUAACAUAGUAAAGAAGAGGGGGUAGAGGGAGGGGUAGACUGCGAGCAAUCCCUUUUUACACGAGUAGGACUGGAGACAGGAGAGAGUUAAAUGGCCGAGAGAGGAACUGGGGAGCUGGGGAACUGUUGUUUCCCGCUCGCUUCGCUCGAUUGCCUUGAUCGCUCCCAGUAUGUAGGAGAAGGGAGGAGUGGGCGACGGAGGUAUGAACCCCACUCCUGUCAAGAAUUAUUUGCUAUUAAGCGGGUCUUAAAUAAAGUCAUUUCUGCCGUGUCUUCUCUUUUUUAGGAGGGACAUUAUCUCCUCAGAAGAAAAAGCUCGUAAGUAUCAGUUUUACAUGUGAAAUUUCAACGGCGUGAAGGUUUGGGGCUAUGAUGAUCCUCUAAUACAUGACUUUUUGUCGAUAUAUUUUCUUUUAGGGGUAACUCACGUUUAAAGGCAGAAGGUAAGGCUUGUUUUUUGUUUGUUUUUAAUUAAAGAAAAAAAGGCUGAAAUUUGACGAAUUGCACCCGCGCCCCUUCCCCCGCGAAGUAGAAUGGUAGUGAUGAAAUAAUAAUAAUAAUAAUAAUAAUAAUAAUAAUAAUAAUAAUAAUGGAAUUUAUAUAGCGCUUAUACAUCGCUGUUCUAAGCGCUUUACAAUGUAAAAAAGGACAUAAGAAUAUCAUUAAGCACAAGCUUACAUAUAACCCUACUGUACACAUCUUAAAAAGGAAAGACAAAAAAAAGACAAAAUCAAAAACAAAAACAAAAAUGACGAAACUAAUUGUCAUAUACCUUUUUAAAAAGAAACGUUUUCAACUUAGAUUUAAAAAGAUUAACAUCAGAACAAGCUCCAAUUUCAAAGGGGAGCUUGUUCCAUAGUCGGGGGGCAGCAACGGAAAACGCUCGCUGGCCAUAAGUUUUCAUGUUAAAAUUUGGUUCUUCAAGGCGUAAAUGAUCCCUUGAUGACCGUAAUGUCCUUGUUUGAUGGUAAAAUUUUAAAAUAUCUUCAAGAUAUCGGGGACCGGAGCCAUUCAAUGUUUUAAAAGUUAUUGAAUUUAUUUUAAAAACAAUUCUCUCCUCAACAGGAAGCCAAUGAAGAUCUCUUAGAGUCUCGGUGAUGUGAUCUCGUUUUUUGAGACCGGCGAUAAUUCGAGCAGCCGCAUUCUGAACAGACUGCAACUUAGCUAUGUCCCGUUUUUGGGCACCAAAAAGAAGAGAAUUACAAAAGUCCAACUUCGAGCUAACAAAACUGUGAAUUAGAAUUUCUGUGGUACUUGUACUUAUGUAUUUUCUUAUUUUAGAAAUAUUUCGUAUGUGAUAGAAGGCACCCUUAACUAUUGUAUUAACAUGAGGUGAAAGUGACAUUGUGUCGUCAAAAAUCACGCCAAGAUUGCGAGCCUGAUGUUUUCCAUGCCAACAGAAAUCGUGGGCGGGGGCAACGAAUGACGAAAACGGGAGUGCAGAAAGAGAAAUUCUGAUUUAUCAUUGUUAAGCUUUAACUUGUUGGCAGUCAUCCACAAAUUGAUGUAACAGGCCAAAUUCUCUUUUUAAGCUACGUUUUCGCUGGUAAAAUAUUUCAUGUCGGGAUGAUGUUUAGGAGCCAACGGCUACUGCUAGUUUUAGUUUAUAGAGAAUAGAAAAUUUGUCAUUCUAAAGCUCAAGGGUCCAAAGAAGUAAAACGUAAUUUUCAGUUAUUGAUAAAAUCAAAUGGAAAACAACUUGUAUAAAUUCCUGUUUAUUACGUAAAUCUGAUGAAAUGACAAUAUAUUUUUUGUAUUUUCCAGCACCAGGAAAGCCUCUGUUGGAAGUUCAUGGUGCCACGGACUAUAUCCUGUAUCUCGGUGGGUACUUUAUCACAUCCUUCCCGUCGUAUGCCAUAUAACACUCCCCUUCCCCCCCCCCCCCGAAGAAAAAAACACAAACACAGAAACAACAAGCAAACUUUUUCUACGAUUUACUCGUCCACCUUUGUACUAGGAAAGGAGAAAUUUCAAAGAAAAAGACUUUUCCUACCCUGUAUUGCGAAUGUUUCUUUCAAUGACAAUGUUUUUAUUCUACUGUAGCUCAACAGCUGUUUAAGGUACCAGCAUUUUUGUACAGCUUGUUGGUGUGUGGUAAAGUGGCCUUUCAACAGACUCUAGACGUCUUCGCUGACAGGUACUAUCAACUUUGCACAACAUUUUUUCUCGGAAGUUUUCUCCUUCCUUGUUCAAAACCUCAAACAUGGCUUGUUUACAUUUCAGAUAUUUAACUCAUAAAGUGGAUUUACUAACUAACGAACACCGCCUUGUUAUGAUUAUUCAUCUACUGAGAGGUUAGUUUAAAAUAGGAGGCGAAAGCCGAAAGACGAGCAGCUUGAUUUAUUCUCUAAGGGUUGAGUGGAAGUGGAGGUGGGAUGUGGGUGGGGAGGAGGCAUUCUCUCGCCGCUUUGUCGUCCUACCCCUUGCCCCCUUUAGCUCGCCUAGAAAUUUUACAGCUUUCCUCUCCUAAAACGACCAUGGUCCUAAAACCACAGUAAUAAAUGUUUAUCCUCUUCCCGUAAGGGUUUUUUUAAGGAUAAUGAAACAAAUAAUACAAAUUAAACGUAACAGGGUUAAGAAAUCUAAUUAUCGGGUUGGCUAUUUACAGGUGUGGCCGGAGAUUUGAACGAGAGACUAUCGAGAAGAAAAUCCAACUAGCGAUUAGGGCUGGAGUCGAACUGGGCAGCUUCGGAUUGCUAGUUCAGCCCUUUAAUCCGUCUGCCAUGCUUCCUUCCCUCUAGUCUCCCACGCAGCUGUUUUUGUCUCACAAAAAACGCUGCGAGGAAGACUACCCCUCCUUCAAUCCGCUUGUUUUGGGGCUUCAUUUUCCCAGUCCCUGUACGGCGUCUUGCCAGGCCUUCUCGGUCCAUGCAUUUCGGUGACGUAUCCGAGACGAACGGUUCAAAAACUCGCCGGGACCACAUUACCCGAAACGCAUAGGUCACGCGGAAUAAUGAGGCCUAGGGACUAGGCAUGGGCUUCCUUAAAAUGAUACAUCCGGUGAUUAAAUUUUAAUGCCAGCAUUUUUGUUUCCUUUUUUUAAAACCAUGUUGAAACAUCUUAAAACCUUUUUUUUCUUUGUUAGAUGCGAUAUUCUUUGAUCAGGAUCCACCAAGGUAAAGCUUUUAAAUUCUUUUCUAAUCAAAACCUAUUCAUCGGUACAUAAAUGGAUGGUACAUGUAGGUACACACAAGGGUUAGACAGGCUUAAACCUCUGUGUCCUCUGCGCAUGAGUGCUUCCGAAUACUACACUCCCACAACAAAUAAUAGUGAACUUACGCAACAGGACGGGACAGCAAAGAAGACAAGCGUGACAAAAAAUUUGCUUGAGAUAUCUUUUCGCCAAACUUCACUUUCCUUUAAACAAAUAUUUUUGCAAAGACCAGAAAACGUUGAUGUUAGGGACUGGUCAAAAAGUAUAGGCGGGGGUGGGCCGGAGCAGAGAGGGGGUGGGUCAUGAGGUUUUGAGCCUUGUGCAAGGGGUGGGUCAUGCAAUUUUCAGCUACCCUUAGUGGGUGGGUCACCCUAUUUUAUUACUUAGAUAGGCACUAACUACUCACGAGACAGUUGACUACACUUGUUAUAUAAAACACAGCCAGCUGGAAUUAUUGCUAAAAUACUCACAAACCUGUUGUGCGAGAAAAUACAAAGGGGGACAGGCCGCACAUCUAUACGGGCCAGGAACCCUCUUGUUAACCUUUUUUGGGGGGGCUCUAGCAAGCAUGUCCUUUAAUGAUUUUCCUUUUUUGUGAGGAAAUGAUUGGUGGUUCUUUAAAAAUUUAUUGAAGUUAUAAUUGGUUUUGUAUAAGAUUCCAUUUUUUCAUUCAAGCUUUCUUUACAGUAGACACGGAGGGCUGGUAUAUUGUAUCACGAAAGGCAAUAUUUCUUUUUCCUCCUUGUUGUUUUGUUUUAGGAGUUUAGACUCCCUUUUGUGAAUUUUAUUUCUGAUAGUACGUUUUCUAUCAAAGAUUGUGGGUAACCUCCGUACAUCAAGCGUUUUUUUUUAAAUUUGAAUUAUUUUCCUAAAUGGUUGUUUGUGAGGAGUUUUUGUAGGAUUCUCUAGGCUUCUCCUUUGACAAAUCCUUUUUUGAAAUUUGGAGGGUGGCAGGAGGUGAAAUGUGUGUUCAAGAAGGUUUCCGUUUGUUUAAAAUGUGUCUUUGCAUCAAGGAUAGAUUUUUCCUUGAAUCUUGUGCCUUUGUAUACAACUGUGUCUAAAAACGCAGUCUCAGUGUCAAAAUGUUUCGGCCGCGAAUUCAAUAGUUGGGUGAUGUAAGUUUGCUUGUUCAAUGAAGGCUUCGAUGUCUGGUUUACUAAUGUCCCAUUGGAAAAAGAUAUCGUGUAUGUAGCUGUUGUUCUAAAGACCGUUUUUCUUAGAGUUGUGGUUUCAAUAUAUGUCAUGAAAAUAUUGGCAAAGGAAUCAAAACUGCUGUCUUUGUGCCCAUUGCAGUUCCAUGGUUUUGUAGGCAGUGCUUUCCAAUGAAGGGGAAGAAAUUUUCUUUGAAGAUUAAUCUGAGCAUUUCCGGCAAGUAAUGUGUAGGAAUGGGUUGUCUUUGUAGAAAUUUUCAUAUGCUUUGUGACAGACAAUUUCAAUAUACCAUCGUUUUGCUGUAUAUUUGUGUCAAGACUCACAAGGUCCAUCGAAACAAGAAAUGAUCAGUUUUUCACAUCCGUCUUUUCAGUGAAAGGUAUGAUUUCCGUGAUUUUUAUAUUGGUUGUAGCAGUGUAUCAGCAAAUUUUGUCAAGCACAGAACAAGGUUUUAUUGGAUUAUUGAGAGGAAACCAAACAUCCUUGUUUUAACUAGGGGGUGGGUCAUGCAAUUUCCAACCUUGCUUUAGGGGUGGGUCAGUCAUUUUUGUGCCGAAGGGAGGGGGUGGGCCAUGUGUUUUUUAUCAACCACAUUUCCAAAUGCUCUGGCCCCCCCCCCUAUACUUUUUGACCAGUCCCUUAGGUGAAGAUCAUGACGAAACACGCAAGUAAUAGCCCUGUCACGUUUGACACGCACAAGCGUUUUGCCGACCUCUUCUUUCUGCCGUCUUGUUGCGUAAACCCACUAAUGUAAACGCGUCCACAAGAAUCCAGAUAUUUUUGAGACCGGAUAAAUUUUGACCUUCCUUCCCGCAUGAAACCAGUGAGUCAGCUGGCCGAAUCUUUGCGGUCUCAAGUGGCUGAGGGCCCCGUGCACACGAAUCCGGGGAACAAAAUAUCCGGUAUCAAAAAUAUCCCGUUUCGUGUUGAUGGAGUCUAAACCUCCCCUUAACUCAAGGUAAACGUCAAACUAUGAACAGUUUACUUAAAUCGCACGUAUUUACACUUUCCUUUCCUGUAAUCCUUCCCCUUUUUCAUCCUUUCUUUGUUUGGUGGGCGAACGGACGCGGGGCGGGGCGGGGCAUAGAAAGAGGGACCAAAAAUAUAAUCACUAUCAUCCUAGAUUCCAUCUGUUUUUGUUUCAGAACUGAUACACAAAAGUUAGAAAGGCGCGAGCAGACUCUAAAAGAAAUGUUAGAGUUCCUGCCCGACAUUGCUGUACGGGCGAUGGGCACAGAAAGACACAAGGCAGGAAUGACUCUACUGUUUGAGCUUCUUCAGCAACCCAAGUUAAAUAAACAGGUCGGUUGUCGGUACCUUGUUCAUCUCGUUGCCCCUCUCUGAAUCAGUUUUCCUUGGUCGCUAGAACAAGAAAAUCGAAAGCUUGCAACACAAGUCUUUUGUUGUUGUUGUUUUCUCGCCUCCUUUUUCAGCUCAUUGAUAAGUAGUGACAAGGAACGAGAGUUCUAUGCGCGUCCUUUAUCACGAUCGGUCCCAAUACUUAAAUCUAAACGUUUUUAGCCCGCGCACACCAUUUGCUUCGGCCUUCAGAGAAGCAUUUUAAUGUGAAUUUCAGUAGCAUGGUAGAGUUCAACUGCGGAUACUUCAUUGCUGUUCUGAAUUAUUUGUCGAUUUUGGCUUUCAGCUUGCAUUUGUUCUUCUUGACUGCUUGAUGGGAGAGAUAUUUCCCGAGCUGAAGGAGGUAUAGUGUUUUAUAAUUCUGACUUGUUUAUGUCGUUAAUUGAUAAGAUAGGGAUCUAGUUUUUCAAAACCUGAGAUUACCCGAACUACUUAUUUUGACUAAGCACAGUUCAAAAAGAAAAGGAGAAUACUUACCAUCGCCUCAUCAAGAGUCCUUUUUUCUCAACUCCCAUACAAACUCUGUUUUUCACAUUCCCGUCAGCGGCCAGCUUUAGUUACGGACACCUUUUUCGCGUCCUGAGGGUGUCCGCUUACAUAUGGCCUUGGUUUGAACUGUUUGGCCAUGGUUUGUUGUUUUGUCCUUGAUUUCAAUCUGACCGUGUUAGCCCGCUUAAGGUACCAUCAACACGGGCAAGGUUAAGUCAUGAAAAGGAAACCUGCAUUCAAACGAUUUAUGCUUUUUUAUGUGUAUUGCUAAAACAAAUACCGGGUAUGUGCUGUUAAAAGGCAUUGAAAAGAGCUGAAACCUAUGCUAUGUGAUCAAAUUGGAUCAAUUUAGGUGUCUGGGAAACUGUCCACCUACCCCUCCCCUAAGCUAACAUUAACACAUACUUUUCACUUAGGACAAAAUGAUGCCUUAGGGGAGGGGUAGGUGGGCAUCAAAUUAAGCGAUCCUUUCUUCGCGGCGGCUGAACAAUCGGAAAGGAAACUGAAUUUCCAUAUCAAAAUUCCCCUUGGAAAACAGCCGGCAUUUCGCGACGCCACCAGUGGUUUCGCCGCGCAAUGACGUCUGAGGAAAGAGCGCAGAGAUUCCAUACUGAUGACGUGUUACUACUCAGAUCUGGGUAGUGCUUCUGAUUGGUUAAAGCAAAUUACCGUAGCGGCACGACCAAUCAGAAGCGCUACCCAGAUGUCGGUUAGUUCCCAACCCCCCUCGUCUGGGUAGCGCUUCUGAUUGGUCGUGCCGCUACGGUAAUUUGCUUUAACCAAUCAGAAGCACUACCCAGAUCUGAGUAGUAACACGUCAUCAGUAUGGAAUUUCUGGGCUCGUUCCUCAGACGUCAUUUCGCGGUGAAACCAGAGAUGGCGUCGCUAAAGGUCGGCAGUUCUCCCAGGCAAUAGAGUGUUUUCACAUGACGUCGCGGCGGCCAUGUUGGUGUCCCAAAACAAUAAAACGGCGGCCACGUUGGUAUCCCAAACCAGUGAGUUGAAUUCCUUUCUUAUGCAAACGCUUUCUUUUGUUCCAAUAAAUUUGCAUAGAUGCUGGCCACGUGAGUGAAAACACUCUAUACAAAAGCGAUGAACAGUAAUUUGUACCUGGAUGUGAAAAUCACGACAAAUGUAUAGGUUGUUUUUUUUUUCUAUUUAGAGCGAGCUGUUCCCAGCAGAUGACGUAUCAGCGCCCCAUUGACGGCUUUGAAGAUGACUGAAAAAAGAAAAAAAGAUUUGAGGAACAGGUGCAGAUUCCUUGAAAUAUGAAUAUGGAUUCGUUUGAAUGGCGGUAUUAAAUAGAAUGCGAUUGAAGUAAUGAAAUAACCCAAGUCACCAGCGUCAGACCGGGAGAGCCUUGUAAAUCCUUAUUGAUGUUUUAAUUUUGAAAACAAAGUAAAGUCUGCAAACUGUGGUAGGAAUUUCAGAAUAUCCACGGCUAUUUGGCCACAUUUUUUUAAAACACACCGUUUGACGUCAUCCACGACCUAUUAGGAAACUUAAGAUCCGAAGACGGCGACGGCGAAGAAAACGUCGCUGAAAAAGUGAAUUCGUGUUCUUUCAAUCUUCAUAGCGAUUACUCCAAGUCACUAACUUUGUCAAAUGUUGGGGAACCCUUCUAAAGUUGAAUUCCUAAGAACCAUAUUCAAGUUCAGAAAAGGAGAGGAAAUUUCGUUGUCGCUUGUGUACUUCCUCUGUACAUCGGGAAAUUAGGCAUUUUCACGUCGUAGUCAUGCAGUGACGGCAAAGAAAUGUACAAAAAAGCGUGAUGCACGUGCAAAAUUGUUGUUUUGCUAAUAAACCUAUUGCUUUUGUGGCGUUCCCGUUGCCGUCGCCGUCGUCGGAUCUUAAGGUCCCUAUUACCAACCAGAUGUACGGCAAAAUUGCAUCCAUUUAUUCCAAUUUGAACUUGAAUCUCACAUCUUUAUAAAGAUCCACCCCUUUAGGCUUCCAAGCUUGUUUAAAAACUCGCAAUUGACAGGUUGUUACCACAUUGCACGACUCAUGGUAAAAUUUGUGGAAGUGAACUUUAGAGCACAAAGAAUAUUUUUGUCUUCCCUUUCAACUACUUGCUUCACCAUAACGGGCCCUUUUCUCGUGAGUUACUAGAUGCAUGCGUUUGUUAUGAAAAUCGUCCUUCAUGUUACUUUUUUAUUAAGCUCGGACUUUUCUCAUUGUCUCAACAGUAAACAAAUUAUGCCCCUUUCGUUUGGCAAUAGUCUUCCUCCAGUGAGUAAACUAGUUUAGUGAAUAAUACUCCAUUCUUGCGUAUUAUGAAUUUUUAGUCAAUGCAGAAUGAUGUUGACCUAACAUAUGCAGGCGUGGAUCUAGGAUAAAUAUUGACCUAUUUCCUAAACGAGCGCCCAAGGCGCCGGUUUCUGGGGGGGCCUGGACUCCGGAGGGAUGCUCCCCCUAUAUUUUUGUGGAUUUUUAUAACUCUCUGAAGUCCCCUUUCCUGGGUUUCUGAGUCACAACGACAGGAUAUUGACCAGUUCCAUUCUCCUCGGAUGAAGCCUUGCAAAUCGGCGGACUGUUUCAUCAACUGAGGUCAAUUUCCAUAUGUUAAUAUAGAUGCCAAACAAGGCGAGUCCAAACCAUUUUUCAUAUUUCACCUUGGAAAGUCUUAAACUAUAUUUAUUAUGAAAAAUCCGACUCAUCUCUAAAAACGGUGAAAACCGGUGUGGAUCCACGCCUGAUAUGUAUUGUCGCGAUGUCAGUCUUCAGUUGU